UCGUGUCACUUUAUUUAGUAAUGUAGGUUUUUGGCUUUUUAAAGGCAUCUGUUAAUUUUCAGAACAGAGAUAUGAUGUAUUUGUAUCACACAUUUGACUCGCGUGCCUUGUAAAUUAAAUUCAAGUUGUAAUAAACCUUGUCGUAUAAUCAUAUGCAAGACAUAAUUUUUCUGCAUCCAGCCAUUACUUAAAUUUGGGAAGAAGCCGACUUUUCGCUAUGCGAUAAUCCAAGCAUGGAGGCCGGAGAUGAAAUUCAAGAAUCCCCAAUGAUUCACGGUAAAGAACCGGAAAGACCUCGAUCUGAAAGAAACGGAGCUACCAGCAGCCAAACUCCUGGCACCCCCCUGUCUCCAAUGGACACACUGAAUACGCUGUCUAACUUUGAGUCUGAAAUGGAACCCGAUGGACAAGGAAGUUAUUCCUUAUUCCCUGCACUGGACAGUAUUUCAAGUCUGGCAGGGGCAGCUGAACCUCUGGAAAGUGAGCCACCUAAUGAUGUGACUGACAAGCCGAAUCUGACUUGGCUUGAUGCUGCACAGACUGUUCUGGAAGAAGCAGGGCGACCAAUGCAUAUCAAAGAAAUAAAACAGAGAAUUAUUGACAGGGGCUUAGUGCAGUCAAAUGCAAAGUCUAGUUUGGAGGCUGUUAUGUAUCGUGAGACACAGAAAGGGAGCAAGCGUUUCAAGAGGAUUGAAAACAGGAAUGGAGUCUUUGCAUUAUUGACGGAUGAUGAGCGUCAGCAGGCCUUACGGGGAUUCACAGCCCAGCCUUUUAUUUCUGCAACUUCACAAAACCAGUUUGCAAGCCAAGGAUCUGGCGGUCCCUCACCAAGCUUUUCUGCCUCAUCUAAUCUCUCAGAGUCACGGGUAAAAGCCAAGAAAGUUCUUCGUAAGAGCCAAAAUGAAAAGUACAGACUGAAAUAUCUGAGACUGCAAAAAGCUGCCAGAGCCAUGAUUUUUGAGAACGCAGCACUUUGUGAUGAAAUUGCUCACUUAGAGGAGAAGUUUAUUCAAGCAAAAGAAGAACGCAGGUUUUUGUUGAAAACUUUGCUGCAGUACCAAUCACUGACAGAAGGAGACAUUCACAUGGCUCCCAGUACUUCUUCACACCCCCAGGCAUCUUUUAGCUCAUCGGGAAUUGGGGGAUUAAGUGUUGGAACAACACCAGUGCUGGGACAAGGCAUUUCAGGUGGGGAGGACAGCAUCAGUAAGAAAUGCAAGAAAGAUCGGAAGGACCGAGGAAAAGAAAAUGGAAGGGAGGAUGUACUGAAGAGGGUUUCCAAGAAAAAGAAAACGGCAGAAUGUGGAUCCCGGCGUCUGGUACAGCCAAUCCCAUUAGACUCGUCGGGCCGACCUGUGUUUCCGAUUGUAUUGGGUGGACUCACGGUGUACAGCUUGGGAGAGAUAAUCACAGAUAGACCAAAUUUCCAUGAUGAGAGUGCAAUAUAUCCUGUUGGUUUUUGCAGCACUAGAAUGUUUGCCAGUAUGAAAAACCCUGACCAGCAGUGUCUUUACACCUGUCAGAUUAAAGAUGGAGGUGAUGGGCCACAGUUUGAAAUUGUUCCAGAAGAUGAUCCACAGAACGCUAUUGUUGGCUCCUCUGCUCUUGCUUGUCACACCAACUUAUUGAAGGCCAUUGGGGCUAUAAGGGGCAAACAGCUAACAAGCAUUGUGCCAUCAGGGGCAGAUUUCUUUGGUUUUUCACAUCCUACCAUCCAAAAUCUAAUUCAGAGCUGCCCUGGAGCACGCAAAUGUAUGAACUAUCAGUGGGUCCGAUUUGAAGUGUAUCGUACAGGAGAAAGUCUGAUGCCACACAGUCUACCUGAGGACGAUGCAUCAAUCAGUUUUGAAGCAUUUCAGAGACAGCAGAGUUUUGAAGAGGGAGUGGUGGAGCAUGUCAUGCCAGGGUCUUUACAUUCCACUCUGGAAACACCACCUUUGACCAUUGGCCCAACAGCUGCAACUAGCAUUGAAGCAGAUACAUUUAUUACUUACAGGAUCCAUUCUCCAGGUAAUCAGACUCAGCCUUCCAUCACUCAUCAGCGAUUGCUUGGACAGCCCCUUCAAUCACCAGCCUCCUCCUCACAUUUCAGCAGCCCCUAACCCAAAAGGACCAGAGUAUGCCCACACUGAGGUCACUUUACAAAAUAUCCAGCUGUCUUUUGGUGAAAGAUAGCAGUCAUUCAUGUGGCUGUAUAGCUGGUUUUUGAUGUAUAUCUAUAAAAACUCUUAUUACGUUUUAACUACAUGGAGAACUGGCUGAUAAGAAUAAACAAUUGUUUGAGCAAGGGAAUGAUAGUUACAGUAGCUAUGCAAAGACCCUUUUAUAGGUGACUUUUCUUUUGUUUAAUAUACUUUGUUAAUCAAUAUGAAUUAACUUUCACAAAGUA